AUUAUGCAAUAAUGCAGUGCAGUGUAAAAUUAUGGAAACAGUUUUUGUCACAUUUGCAUCAGCAUUUAGAAAAGAUUUAAUUCUUGCCAAGAACCCUGUCAGGAAUUUGAAAAAAUAAAAAUACACAAAUUGUUGCUCCUAUUUUAACAAUGAAAUUAUACAUUUUCCAUAUUCUGAGAUAGUCUUGUUACUUUGACUCACUGUAUUUGGAAAUAUGUGUAGUAGGAAGAAAACCAAGAAAAAUCUAAAGACUGCAAAUUAAAGUCUUUCUAAAGUAGUUGUCAUUAAAGUCUAAUUAAACUAGAUAAAAACAUUUCUAGGAGUUGUCAAGUAUGUUAUGUAUAUGUAUAAAUUAAAUAAAGUUUAAAAUGAUACAAAUUAAAUGGGAAAUAGUGUAUUAAUAUAACUCAAAAACCUAUGCCCAGAAUUUUAUUAGUUGCAGUAUUCUCAUUUAAGACAGUGAGAACUACUUAGUAACUGACUUUGUUCAGAAGCCUAAACCAGAGGGCUCAGCCCAAAUCUCUAUGUGUAUUAAUAUUAACUAAGAUAAUGUUAAUAGUGCUGGUCAUUGUCAAGGGCCAAAAUUUAAUAGUCUCACAUUUUUAUUUAGGAGAUUAGAAUUGAGACAUUAUUAACAUAAUUUGAUUUUUCUGUAGAGGUAAAUGGUCCAAUGUGAAGGAUAAAGGGAUGGGGGUGUUUUUUUGUGCUUUUCAAUGUUGAGAAUAAGUAUGUGAAAGCUGCUGGGCUUUUUUUUUUUUUUUGGCUAGGUUUGAGGUCCUCUUCGGUGGCAGUGUGUAGGACAGACCUGAAGAUCAUCUUGUGCCUCAGCUUGCCACAAACUGUGAACAGCAACAUGACAGUCAGACCCCCGGCACCUCCCUCCGCCGCCGCCACCACCGCCGCCCCCGGCUUUAUGUUACACAGAGGCCCCCCUCUCCGCCGGUCCAGCGGGAGGAGUCGCGUCUUCAGCGCCGCCGCUGCCGAGAGGUGAUUCAUGGCAGGGGACGUGGAAGGGUUUAGCUCCUCCAUCCAUGACACCAGUGUCUCUGCUGGAUUCAGAGCACUGUAUGAGGAGGGAUUGCUUCUUGAUGUCACACUUGUCAUUGAAGACCACCAAUUUCAGGCCCAUAAAGCACUGCUUGCCACCCAGAGUGAUUACUUCAGGAUUAUGUUCACAGCUGAUAUGCGAGAACGAGAUCAGGACAAAAUCCAUUUGAAAGGUCUGACAGCUACAGGCUUCAGUCAUGUCCUCCAAUUCAUGUACUAUGGAACUAUUGAACUGAGUAUGAACACUGUUCAUGAAAUCCUUCAGGCUGCCAUGUAUGUCCAGCUUAUAGAGGUGGUAAAAUUUUGCUGCUCUUUUCUCUUAGCUAAAAUCUGCUUAGAAAACUGUGCAGAAAUUAUGAGACUUCUGGAUGAUUUUGGUGUAAACAUCGAAGGAGUCAGGGAAAAAUUGGACUCCUUUCUGCUAGAGAAUUUUGUGCCACUCAUGUCCAGACCUGACUUCCUUUCAUAUCUGAGCUUUGAGAAGCUCAUGUCUUACUUGGAUAAUGAUCAUCUGAGCAGGUUUCCAGAGAUAGAGCUGUAUGAAGCUGUUCAGGCCUGGCUGCGCCAUGAUAGAAGACGCUGGAGGCAUACGGACACCAUCAUUCAGAACAUCAGGUUUUGUUUGAUGACACCAUCCAGUGUUUUUGAGAAGGUAAAAACAUCAGAGUUUUAUCGAUACUCCCGGCAGCUGCGACAUGAGGUUGACCAAGCCAUGAAUUACUUUCAUAGCGUUCACCAACAGCCUUUGAUGGAAAUGAAAUCGAACAAAAUUCGUUCUGCCAAACCCCAGACUGCAGUAUUUAGAGGAAUGAUAGGACACAGUAUGGUAAACAGUAAAAUUCUUCUCUUGCACAAACCAAGGGUCUGGUGGGAACUAGAGGGUCCUCAAGUACCUUUACGACCAGACUGCCUUGCCAUUGUGAAUAACUUUGUGUUCCUGUUAGGUGGGGAAGAACUGGGACCAGAUGGUGAGUUUCAUGCUUCAUCCAAAGUGUUUAGGUAUGACCCAAGACAGAACACUUGGUUACGAAUGGCAGACAUGUCUGUUCCACGUUCUGAGUUUGCUGUUGGAGUUAUUGGGAGGUAUGUUUAUGCAGUGGCUGGGAGAACCAGGGAUGAAACGUUUUACUCCACUGAACGGUAUGAUAUUACUGAAGAUAAGUGGGAAUUUGUGGAUCCCUAUCCAGUCAAUAAAUAUGGACAUGAAGGGACUGUGCUUGGUAACAAGUUGUAUAUCACUGGUGGAAUUACAUCAUCUUCAACUUCUAAGCAAGUGUGUGUGUUUGAUCCCAGUAAAGAAGGGACAGUAGAGCAGCGAACAAGGAGAACUCAAGUGGUCACUAACUGUUGGGAGAACAAAUGCAAAAUGAAUUAUGCAAGAUGCUUUCACAAAAUGAUUUCUUAUAAUGGUAAACUUUAUGUCUUUGGUGGUGUCUGUGUGAUCCUGAGGGCCUCCUUUGAAUCUCAAGGAUGUCCUUCUACAGAGGUUUAUGACCCAGAUACUGAUCAAUGGACUAUAUUGGCUUCUAUGCCAAUUGGUAGGAGUGGCCAUGGUGUAGCUGUUCUGGACAAACAGAUAAUGGUUCUUGGAGGCCUUUGUUACAAUGGUCAUUACAGUGAUUCGAUUCUCACCUUUGAUCCAGAGGAAAACAAAUGGAAAGAAGAUGAAUAUCCAAGGAUGCCAUGCAAGCUGGAUGGCUUACAAGUCUGCAGCUUGCACUUCCCUGAAUAUGUUUUGGAGCAUGUUAGACGUUGCAGCUAAAACAGAACGAACAACCCAGUGAAAUACAAAAAGCUAUACCUAAUUUGUAAAAAAAAUAGGAAGCAAUUGAAUUCCUUCAGAGACAUUACCUUGUGUACAAGAACAACUGCUAAAUGCUUAAGAGAAACAGGAUGCACAGGGAGUAUACUCACCAAGUUUAUUAAAAAAGCCAGUAGUUGGUCUGUUAUUGUAAAAGCUUUGGUUUUUUUAACAAACAUAAUUGUAAGUAAGGGAAAGAAAAAUAUAUUUUUGAGUGUGCUAAUUUUUUGGUAACAUUUUAUGUCCGUAAUACUUUCUUUAUUUUUUUUAAAUGACCAUUAUACCACUAUGCUUCUGAAAUCAGUUGAGUUUAACAAAAUAUUUGUGCAAGGAAGAGAAGAAAGACUAUAUUUUCAUUUUUUUGUUGGCUGUCAAAAUAAAACUUAUCAUCUGUACUAGGGUACAACCAGGUAUAAAAUAACAAACCUAAAUAAUUUCUGUAUUUUAUAUUGUCUUUUGGAUGCUUUUGCUGUUAAUUGCAAAGUAUUCUCAAAUCUGUUAGGUGUUUUUGUUUUCCCUUAUAUACGUUGAAGAAAAAUCUUGAUCCCUUUGCAUGACCUUUUUCCUGGUUUUGUAUAGUAGUACCAGUAAGUCUGCCAAAAUGCAAAUUACACAUUUUCUACUAAAUUGAAAGCAAAACAUUUUUAUAUUCAAAACACUAUUUCUAUGCUGCCUUCUAUUGUCUGCAUUGUGUUUGUUGGUGAGUAAAAAAUACAUACACACACAUGCAUACACUGUAAAAAUUAUAUAUAAAUACAUCUUUUUAUGUGCAGUUACAAUAUUUUAACUAGUGCACAGAUUCAGCCAUAUCUGUUGAAUUUAAGGUAUAGUACUAUCCUUUAAUGAGCUAAAUAAUUGGAAGUUUUUAGGUAACUGGAGGCCUCGUUUGGUAUUGAAGUAUCUUUAGUAUAUACUGAUUGAUUCAGUAACUUUAAACUGUUUAUAUUGAUGCUACAUAAUGAACUGUUGAUAAUUAAUUUGUUAUUUUAGAAAUUAUUUUUUAAAAAGGAAAUACAUCCUACCUGAGUUUCUUUUAUGUUUGGAUGCGCUGCCCAGUUUUCUUUUUUAUGAAAAUGGAAAAUGUCAGUAAGCAAAUGCUCAGCACUGUUUCGACCCACAGUUAUUUUCGGAACUGGAUAUACUAGUUUAUUCUCAGUACUUUGCUUGUACUCAUACUUCAAUACAUGUACUUGGUACUUGUAUUAAAGUGGUAUCAUCUUUUUUUAUCACUAUUAUUUUAAUUAUCAACUGCUAUGAACUACUGUGUUUUGAAAAUGUGGAGUAAGUUGGUUGGAUGGUUGGUACUGUUUAUGUUUGUUUUAAAAAAAACCCUACACAGCUAUAGCUACUGACCUUGGAGUGCCUGAAUUGAGAUGUGUGGUCCAAGAGGGCUUUGAAUAACUCCAUUAUGUUAACUUGCAGAUAUUACUGACAGUAGACUGGUAAGAAUUAUCUGCAAAGACAUAAAUAAUUAUAAUUACAUAUCUUUGAUGAUGUGAAAUUAUCCACUUCUAGAAUCUAAAGGAGAGAUUUGGAGAAGUUGAAGGCUCACAUUUAGUUCAGAUGCAUAGGGGCAAAAUGCUGAAACAUGCACGUGCAUAUUUUGUAAAAUCUUAUGCUGCCGUGUUUCACUUUAAGCAAUAGACUUUACUUUAUAUGCAGCAAUGCAAGACCACUUUAUUCAGCAUCUUCCAGUCAGAAAUCACUGUAGAAAAGGAAUGUACAGUACUCAGGGAGUUCAAAAGAAUGCACUUACAAAGGGACCAAAAUCACCCUAUAUUUCCUACAUUAAAAAUAACACCUACUUGCCUAAACUAAGUUUGAAAUAAUUGAUAGAAGUUAAAAGGACCUGUAGAACUCCUCAUAUUUGUAUUUUAAUAUUUUUGUAGUAAUUGUGUUCUGGGUUGAGAUGUGAGGGUUUGGAGCUAUAUGGCAAGUUGGCAGAUUUUUUUUUUUUUUUAAAUUAGAAAUGAUUUAUUGAUAGAGUAUUUUCUUUUCCAUAUCUUUUAACAGAAAGAGAGAAUAUGCCAUCAUAGCUGUAGCUAUCAGUUAUUUACACUAGUAGUGACUGGACCAAAUAUUGAUAUUCAGCCUUCUGACACAGACUACUUUGUGGUUAAAUUUACAUCUUUUUUUUAAAUUAAAAUUCAGUUUACUGAAUUAGAAAUGUAAUUUACUUUCUUAAUACCUUAACUUAAAGCCAGUAUGAUUUAUACUAAAACCUUAGUUUCACUGUGAGACUUGUGUGUACAUUACUGUGCAUGGGUGCAGAGAGAAACUGACUCGAGUAGGUGCUGGCUGUGUGCAAGAAAGAAGGUUCUACUGUACAUAGUUCAUGAAAUAUUGGGGCACAAGAAAAAAACAAGGGUUUUCUAUUGUUUUUGUUCUUUUUUGUCAGCAGCUCAUUUCUCAGUAAGUUUAUGGGGCAGCAAAAACGAAUCCUGAUUGAGUAGGCUUUCAUGGGCAUGUGAUGUGUAGUGCAGAGUACUUCACUUUUAUCUAGGGCCAAUCUGGAGAAUGAACAUGGUUCUGAUAUCUGGUCUUCCAUGAUUCAGGUGUAGCAAAGAGACAUGGCCAAGACUUUAUUAAAAGUAAUGGUGAGGAUAGGGAUUUCUCAAGUUAUGAUUUUGAGUCUGCAUUUAAGCACCUUCUGAAGUUCUUCAUGCUAAGCAGCCGCCACUAAAGUCAUUGAUGAGUAUUGACACUUGAAACAUGAAGAACCAGAUCAUUUUUAGGUGCUCUGUUUUAAAAUUCCUAUUUAUCUUCAGGUGCCCAGUUCUGAAAGGUCUUGUUCAGGACUGUAAUAGUAAUUAUUCUGUGAAAUUCUAACUUGAACUGUUGGUUUCAGCUUCCCUGAAGUUGUGUCUCCAUUGAGAAGCUGGCUGUAACCUUUCGAGCAUUAGGAAUGAUUGGAAUUUGCUUGGGUUUAGAACAUGUGGGGGGUAUGUGAGAAUGUUUUGUUAAUUUACAUUUCUACUGUGCUUUUAUUGUUUCAAACAUGAAAUAUAAAAUUAGAGUGCGUUCUCUUUUUCAUUGCAGUGGAACUUUUGAGGCAGUUAUUUUUGUUACUUUAUGUAUUAGAGGGAUAUUUUCUUUUUAUUUCUUAAUUGAAAGCUUUUGUUUGUGUUUGCUUUUAGUAUUUAGCUCCAGAUAAUUUAGUGUUUAAAUAAAAACAAAACUAAGCUGGCUAAUAAGAAUUGCCUAUUACUAUCAAAUUUUGAGCAUUAUGAUCAGAUUAAGGUGGGGUUUAAAAGCAUUUAAAUGCCUCUCAUUUGUUAAGGAAAAGGUAAGUUAUGAUCUUUGAUUAUUAAGUUGGGGGAUGGUGGGGGGGAUGGUUCUUCUAUUCCCACCCCAACCAUAACUGAAUACCAGCAAAUUUAAUCUCACCCACAUAUUUAAAAUUUAACACAUGACCUGCUUUUAAACAGCAAGUGUACUUGCCUUUCUUAGCAGUGGACAUAGUGAGUUACAGUCUAUGGAUUUUUUUUCACGUUUAUAGCAAAAAUGUAUCUGCUUAAUGUCUUAAUUGAGUAACUAGCUCCAGGAGGAAGUUUUGUUUUCAAAUCAGCCAGAAUGGAGAAAAAACAUAGUGCUCCUGUAAAGGGGUUGGACACUGCCAGUCCCCAUUCUGCUUGCUGCUAUAUCUGUUUUUAGGGGACAGUUGGUUUUGGUUUGGUUUGUUUUUGUUUUUUGUUUUUUGUUUUUUUUAAAUACUGCAUAAGGAAAAAAUAGCUCAUUUUUCCCCACAAAGUGUUGGUAGUAGUUUUGUAGUGGGAAGUAUUAGGUGGCAAAAACACCUUUUGCAUUUUUUUGUCCCCCGUUGAUUCAGCUGGAGGAAAGCAGUACUUGAUUUUACAAAGGCUCUGCUAUUUCAGAAAGCACUGCUAGCAAGAGGGGCUGAUGGCAGCAUAGGAGCUACCUGGCAACCUGCUUUUAUGUUACUUUCUUCUGAAAAGUGUGGAUGCCCUACUUUCUGCAGUGUGAUAGCAGUCCUGUUAUAACUAGCUUUAAGAGUUUGUGACUUACUCUCUGGUUUCUGAGAUUUGCGGCCAUUUUUUCUUGAGGACCUCCUGCCUUACAAACACAAGUGCUACGUUUUUUCAUGCUGAUAACAUGAUAACAGCUUGCAUCAGGGACAAAGCUUCACUUGACACUCAGGAAGCAGAGGAUGAAAUUCAGCAGGUACAAAUUCAAACCAGUUUAAAAAGGAAGACUUUGCUUAACUCAUUAUGUCCAUUCUUUGCACAAGGAGGGUGAGCAUUAUGGGGAGACAAUACUGGCGCUUUAAACUUCAAGCUUGUGUCAGCAUUUAUAUGACAAAGUCUUUUUAGAAGUAGUUGCAUCUGUAGGGGUAUUUUGCCUUUUUAAUAUAUUUUUCCUUAUCGACCAAAAAAAAAAAAGUAGUAGUGAAUUGGACUCCUGAUUCUUUUAACACUUUAAGUGUAUACUUCAUAUAUGUGAACAGUCUAAUAUAAAGAAAACAGAAAACUACGGUACUUGAAAACAUAAAAGCGCAAAUGUUAGAAAACCUGUGCUUAAGUGUUUAUAGGAUGGGGAGCAUCAAAGAAAACAUCUGUCCUGCUCUCCUUCCAUUAAUAAAAAUUUAGCUGGUGAAGUUACUUGAGUAAGUGUGGUCCAUCGCAUGUGGCAGGGCUCGCUGAAGGAGGGUGGAAAGAACAUAACUGGAAAGCACGUGUAAUUACUUAAAACAAAGCUUGCCAGUGUCCUGUAGCUAACAUUUUGAGAUUUUAAUGUUUGUAAAACAAUCUGAAGCUGCUUAAAAUAGAUACUAAUGACUACUUUUGCAUCUGUAUUCUAUUUUUGGAAGUUAGUUAGUAACUUUAAAAUUUCCAUUCAUGUGGGCAAACUUCAUAAAACAUAGUUGUAUGUGGCAGAUGACAGAAAAACUUGACUUGUUUUGAGCACAGUUUUCUUGGAUUUCCCUCUACUAAUUCUUUUUUCACUUUCCAAAUUUCAGUUAAUGUUUAUAUAGUCUUAAAAAUAACUUUCAAAGAUCAAUUUCUAAUACCUUUGGAUUAAUAUUAAGUUAGUAGCUAGGGGAAAACCACUUCUAUUUGCAGAUGGUAGUUUUUGUUUAUGGCUCUGGUAGAAAACCUUAUUGUAAGUCUAGCAAAUGCAGUGUUAUGUAGGACUGUAAAGUUAGCUAUAUUUAGGGGACUUUUAUUACCUCAGUGGACCCACCUAACUUUUAUGUCAGUUCUGGAAACAGGUGAAGAGUGAGCUAUGUUUUUAUUUUAAAUAUUUUCCCUAUAUAUUGUUAUUUUUGUAGAUCUUUUUAAAAUAAAUUAUUAUAUGCUGGAGGUUGCAAUUCCACCUUACUACCCCACUUGAUUCCAGUGUCAAUAUCAGAUUGUUUGUAUUGAAAAGAAUGUAUUUGAUAACUUAACAGGAAAGGUUAUUUUCAAACUGUGCUGUGUUUGUGUCUAGCAAUUGGAAAUACUUUUCCUAUAUAAAAUUAAAAUGAUCUAUAUAUGACCUCAUGUACAUUUGGAUUAACUGUCUAAUGAUUACCCCAGGGCUGCUAUAAACUUCUCUGAAUAAUUGAAUUGCCUCUUCUUAACUGUUAUAAAGCCUUUUUUUCUUGUCUCUUUUUUUGGUAGAAAGUAAUUUUCCCUAGCUAUGGAUUCAGUAUGCUCAGACUUGCAUAUACAUGCUCUCUUCGGGUUUUAAACUGAAAAAAUGUAUAAAAUGUGUAUAAAGAAAAGUGUAAAUAAAAUAUUUUUAAUCUUUAAA